AUGCACUCUCAUUUAAUUCCUCACAAGCACCCAGGCUGCCUGGACGUAAUGCUCGCCCUCGAAGAAUGCCAUUCCAAAGGCUUCAUCCAUAAAGCCACAGGCCAAUGUAACGAUAUCAAACGUCGGGUUAACGCCUGUUUCUCCGAAGAACGAAAAGCGAUGACAAAGGCACACCGGGAUAUUGCAAUGGAGAAGCGGAAGAAGAUGGAAGCGUCGUGGAAGGACAUUGAGGUUAAUACAUGA